AUGUAUUGCAGUAAACUUGAAAUCAACCUUGGCGUUUUCCUGUCGAAUAGUACAACAGCGCCAUGGAGUAUAGUUAGAACCGAAAAAGCGCUAGAAUUAGGACAAAGAAAAUUAACAGAAAUGCUGAAUGGGAUGGCAACCUUUCGCUUCUUCCGAAGCAUGACCCAAAUCACUGGAUGUACUAAAUACGACUUCGGAGCACUAGGAGCAGAGCAUCGUUAUGUUAAAAACACCUCUGUUUUUAUUGGACCUGGUUGCAGCACCGGCGUUGAACUGAUCGGAAGAAUGGCAGCUGACUGGAAUAUCCCUAUUAUCACCCCUGUCGGAAUCAAUUCUUUAUUUGACAACAAAACUUUCUUUCCUACGCUAACAAGAAUUUCAUUUACAUUUGAUAUGGUUGGACAAUUUUACCUGAAACUAUUUCAAAUGUACAGUUGGAAGGAUAUUGCAAUUUUACUAGAUUCUUACUAUGAGUUAUCAAAGUUGACAAAUAAGUUCCAAAGUACGAAUCUUUUACACCUUUUUGCUGAAAAUGGACUUCGGGCGACUUUAUGCGAUGCUCAAGUUAGCACUUUCAAUAACGCCCUGAAAGCUGCAGCUAAAGUCUCAAGAGUGAUUGUUUUGGUGUGCUCCCAUAGGCGCAUAAGGGAAUUGAUGUUGGAAGCUCAUGAUUUGGGAAUGACGAAUGGUGAAUUUGUUUUUUUAUUCUUUAAAACGUUUUCACCUUUUUUGUCUGACCAGUGGUAUGUGGCAGGAGAUGAAAAGAGAAACGAGAUUGCAAAGAAAGCAUUCAAUGCAUUGCUGGUGGCACUUCCAAAUAACCCAGAAAGUCCCGAGUUUGCAAUCUUUGAAGCCUCCGUGAAGAACCAUUCUCUUACGAAAUAUAACUACGAUUUUGACGCUGAGAAAUCAGAUGUACAACACUACAUCGUUGGAUACCAUGAUGCUUUCCUAAUCUAUGGCAAAACAAUAAAGGAGAUGAUUCAAUAUGGCGAAAAUGUUUAUGAUGGGCGACUAGUUACGAAAAGAAUGCGGAAUAAAACAUUUAGUGGUCUUAUGGCUGGAAGGUUCAGGAUAAACGAAAACGGCGAUGGGGAGAGAGAUCUGUCAGUCCUUGAUUUCGAUGCAGAAGGAAGACUUUGGACAGUUGGGGUCUAUUCUGGAAACAUACUGCGCAUGGAGGCAGAAAGAAGUAUAAAAUGGCCAAUGGACAAAGGACCCCCAGUGAAUAGACCAAGAUGUGGGUUCACUGGUGAAGAUCCAAUUUGUUUUCCAGAAGAUAGAUCUAAUCUACUGAUUGUCAUCGCCAUCGUCUUUUGUUCCAUUAUUAUUAUUGUCUUGGCUGUAGGAAGGAUGAUUUACAGGCAGCUAAAACUACGCGUGGAUUUACAAAGCAAUUGGUGGAAAAUUGAUUGGGAAGCAUUAGAAAUGAAUCCUGAAAGAAUCCAUUCUGUGUUUGGGGAUUCAAAGCUUCAAAUUCCAUCUGAAAAUAAUGACGAUAUCAAAGAGAACCCAAACCUGCUCAAACUGUAUAAGGGGUCUGCAGUUGCUCUAACACCAACUACGAUUAGGAAUUUCCAACCAACUUACGAAACACAGAUGGAAUUGAUUCAUCUGAAAAAUGUAAACUGUGUUUACUUGACGAAAUUCUACGGAUUGACUCAUAAAGACUCAGGGUUAUACAUUAUAACGGAAGCUUGCAGUAGAGGGACAUUAAAGAACAUUCUCCAAGAUGAAAGUUUCAAAAUCAACAAAGAUUUGCAAGCGUCGUUGAUAUGUGAUAUAAUAAAGGGAUGUUGUUAUCUCCACAAAUGUCCUAUUGGUGUCCAUGGAAAUUUGAACAGUCAGAAUUGUUUGAUUGAUAGACGAUUUGUUCUUAAAAUAGAUGGGUUUGGACUUCCAUCGAUUCGAAGUAAAAUUCUGAAAACCGACAUACAAGAUCUUCUUUACUUCGCACCAGAACUAUUGAGAAAUAUGCUUAUCCCAGUACAACAGUCCGCUGACGUAUACAGUUUUGGAAUGAUUGUGUACGAAAUAAUAACUAGAAAAGAACCUUUUGAAGACGAGAUGAAAUUUUGCUCCAUAGAAGAUAUCAUCGACAAGAUCAAGUUUCCAUCCAAAACACCAUUCAGACCAGGCCUUGAAGAUAAACCAGAGGAUGAGAAUUCACUCCUAUCCAUGAUGUCUUCGUGCUUGGAGGAAAAUGUAGAAAACAGGCCAACAUUUCAAAGUAUAGCAAAAGAGUCCAAGCAGAUGAAAUGGGGGACAUUAGGGGAAAACUUUCUUGACAACCUACUCUCCCGUAUGGAUGAAUAUGCUAAUAAUCUAGAAAAUGCUGCCGAGGAGAAAAUGCAUGCUUUCUUGGACGAAAAAAGAAGAUCAGAAGAGCUUCUUUAUCAGGUGUUACCCAGGAGCAUAGCACGUGACUUAAUACGUGGGAACAAAAUAGAAGCUGAAGCAUACCAAUGUGUCACGAUUUACUUUAGUGACAUAGUGGGUUUCACUUCAAUUUCUGCAGAAAGCACCCCCAUGCAGGUGGUAGACUUGCUCAACGAUUUGUAUACGUGCUUUGACACAGUCAUAGAGAACUUUGAUGUUUAUAAGGUGGAAACUAUUGGAGAUGCUUACAUGGUUGCUUCCGGUCUUCCUCUGCGCAAUGGGAACGAGCACGUGACUGAGAUAGCUAAAAUGUCGGUGGCUAUCUUGAACAAUGUGAAGGAAUUCCGAAUCCGGCAUUUACCAGACAUAAGUCUCCAAGCACGGAUUGGUAUUCAUUCAGGUCCUGUAUGUGCUGGAGUGGUAGGAAAACAAAUGCCCCGUUACUGUUUGUUUGGAGAUACUGUCAAUACAGCAUCAAGGAUGGAAUCUAACGGGGAAGCCAUGAAAAUCCACGUUAGUUUGGCAACACGAAAUCUCUUGGUAUCCCAUGAUUCGUUUUUGUUAAUUGAACGAGGAUCCAUUGCAAUAAAGGGAAAAGGAAAGAUGACAACGUAUUGGCUGAUGGCAAGGAAGGAUGAGCUAUGAGUUAAAGAUAAUAAAAAUUUGAC